AUCGUCAGAUGGUCCGUGACAACAUCAUCGCCGCGAAUCGCGAUACGUCCCGAGUCGGGCUAUUCCUGGAGCGUCGUCAAAAGAGAUUACAUAUUAUAUUAUUGUUGUUGUUAUUGUUAUUGUUAUUACGUUUGUCUUUUACGCACGCUUGUGCGUAGAAAAUCGGCAAAACAUUUAUUAUUAAUAUGUAAAUAGUAAAUUCGUCUAAACUGCAGCCUGCAGGCGAUCGAGUGACGACGACGCGGCGGCGCGCACACAAUAAUUCCGUAAUUAUUUCUGUCGUCGUCGUCGUCGUCGUCAAGUGACUCGUCGUCGUUGUCUUCUCGUCUCUCGUCGGAGUACGGCAUUCCGCGAGACGCCGCGUUACGGCCGUUUUCGUAACGCGUGCGACGCAUUGAGCCUGUAAACUUACCGCCGGACGCCGCCAUGCCGGUCCCCGAUGACGUCGAACGCGGAACGAUGUGACGUCGCGUUGGACCUGUGCCAGGUCAAUAUGUAUCAAGACUGAACAAAUAUUUAUGAAUAUUGAAACAAAUUUAGUCAUGGCAAUUAAAUACAACCUUACUAGAGUUGUAUUUCAUGUCAAAAAACCAAGUCAAUACUGUUUAAUCUAGUCCAUAUAAAUACUAUACAAACAAAAUAUAAUUUAUACAUCUACAUAGUUAUGUGAUUUUUUCAUAUUUAUACAGUAUAAAAAUGCCCAGAAGACCAUUGACAGAUGAACAACGAGAACAAUCUAGAAAACGUCGCUUAGAACGUGAUCGUGAACGACAACGAAAAAGACGUUUAGAUCCAGAGUUAAGAGCAAUUGAACGAGGAAAAAACACGAUUGCUAAAAGAUUAUCUAGAUCUAAAGGCCUCUAUGGUGAUAACAUUAAUAAAUUAUAUUCAGAAGCUAACAUUGAUUGUAGUAAAAUGACAUCAUUAUUAGACAAUGAAGAUAUUAUAGAUUUGGAAGAUCUCAAUCGAUUAAAAAAAGAAAGAGAUAAAGAAAGACAACGUCAAAGAAGAAUGGAUCCUGAAUUCCGUGCUAAAGAACGUGCAAGAAAUAGAAUAUUGAAAAGGAUUGCUCGACAAAAAAGUUACUAUACUCUAAAGGUAGUAAAUUGUGAAUGCUGUGGAGAACCAAUAGAAAGUGACCAUGUAUGUUUUUCCAACAUAUUAUCAGUUGAACUCCACGAGAUUGAUGUUGCCCAUAGUACCAUAAAAAAAGUCAUGAAUGGUACCAUGAAUGAUAGCUAACAUUCUUUUAUUUUAUCAACAUUUUAAGUUUUAUUUUUAUUUUUCUCACAAUUUUUUUCAAAUUUUUUAAAAACAUCUUAAUUUGAAAGUUGAAACAUACUAAAAUUACAAUUUUGUUUUUUAUUUUUUGUUUUGUUUGAAUAAUUAUUUAGUAUGUGUUAUACGAUUAUGUGUGCUUUGAGUUUAAAUGAAACAUUAUGUGAUAUCACACUUAAAUUUUACAUACUCUUUUACAAGUAUUUGAAUACUGUGUGUUGUUAGAAAUAGAUUAACUUAUAACAGUUUAAAUGUUUUUGUUAACAGUACACCAUUGUACUACUGCUAACAAUCAAUUGUAACUAGAAAUUUGGACGUUAAUAACUUUAAAUUAAAACUAUUAUUAUUUAAAUUAAAUAUUCUUAAACAUAUAAACAUGUUGAUGGUAUUCUGAUGCAUAUUGUCAUCCUUAGGGUGGUUCAGCGGCACAGUCAACACCAUUUGAUGUAUAAUAAUUUUGUACGUGUAGCUGAAAUUUAUUUUAUCAUUGGCUAGUGCGAUUAAAUAUAUAUUUAAAAAUAUGCAUUCAUAAUAUUACGCCGUUCAAAACUAUGACCAUAAAUUUUAAGAGUAGUUAUUAUAUGUACGCAUUGAAGUGCGAACCACAAAGAGACAUACACAGCAAACAUGUUACAAAUAUUUUUUAAUUUUGAUAGAUGAUUAAAAGUACUUCUAAAUUGAAGUAUAUUUAAUAUUUAUUAAAAGUAAAAUAAUAUCUGUAGUUAUUCCUAUUUUAACACAUUUGCUGCGUAUCAUAUAUUCAUAUUUGUGUAUACACUACAUGUCUCGUGAUGCUGACAAAAUUGGGAUUUUGAAAAUUAAAAUAUCAAUGUAUGUCUUGAAUGUGAAUUAUGAUAAAAUACUUAUAGGGGACACUUACAAAAUACGAGUAGUUUUAUUGUAACACUGACCAAAUUAUAGUGUAUUUAAUAACAAGGUUCAUGAGGCCAAUUGGCGUUAUUCAGCAUAUGUGAACAAUGUUAAAUGAAGCCAUCUCUUGUCAUCCACAUUUCACAUUUUAAGAAAAACACAAUUUGAAUUAAAAAUUUUUUUUAAAUGUUACAUUAAUAUUUUUUAUUUUAAAUUAAAUAACCUAUAAAACACUUAAUAUUUUUUAAAUUUCAUUAUUGCUUAUAAUUAAAUGUCCAAAUUCUAGAUAACAUGGCUAUUUCAAAAUGUUAACAAAUUAUAUUGUUUUUUAUGUAUAAUUAAAUGUUUUAUUAUUAUUUCACAUUUUCAAUCAAGACAUCAAUUAUCACUACCAUAACUAAUAUUUUCUCAAUUUUUGUACGUUUUAUUUUUGCUCAAUAAUUUUUUUACUUAUUGUGGUUUAAUUAAGAUUUAUUUCUAACCAUUAUGAUCUCAAUUCUAUUUUUACUGUAUAAAUAAUUUAUUCAUUUAUUUUUGUUAUGGUAUGUUUACAUAUUAUUCAAUAUUAUACAAUACACCCCAUACAUAAAAAUGACUUUAUUUUUUGUGAUACAAAUUUAAUUAGUCUUAAACAGUGUUUUAGUUGCAAAAACCAAAUUUUUGCAGAAUAAUUAGAAAGACAAAGAUGUAUAUUUUACACUACAAUAGACUUACCAUUGCACUGUAUGAUUAUUAUUUAAUGAAAAAGUUGCAAAGAAAUUGUUUAGUUUAUAAACAUUGCUUUAGUAUUGAAAAUUGUAAUCACAAUGUGUAAAAAUAAUAUACAUUGUGAUGAUUCGAUAAACUGUGAUGAGUUGAUGGAAGUUAUUUAUUUAUAAUUUCAAGUGUUGUAAUUAUAAUUAUUAACUCUUACAUUGGGUAGUAUUUUUCUAGAAACAUGAAUAAUAUGUUUGACUUUUUGGCUCAUGUUUCAGAAAAUUAAAAUACAAAAUUUGAUCCGUUUUCAAAUUUGAACAAAGAUGUUAAUGAAAAAGGGAGAGUGUCAAUCUAUCCUGUGUUAACAAUUUAAGUAACACAUAAAAGGAACUUAGCUCCACGAACCUUUUAUAUAAUACAAAUUCAAAAUUCAUAUUGUUUUUUGUUUUAAUAAUUGUUUGGUACUUAAAAAUUUAAUUAAGACUUAUAAUUUUAUAGAGUCUACUACAAAACAAUAGCCAACGUUUAGUGACUAAACUAGUAAAAACAAGACAUGUAAAGUCUUUCUUCAUAACUCAAUAGUUAUUAUUUAAUGUUUAUAAAUAAUUAUAAUUUAUUAGUUUAAAUCACGGUUAUAUACUUUUAAAUAAACUCGUCCGGGGUGAUUUUUUUUUACCGUGGAUCAGCCUCAAUUCAACUAA